AUGGAACCUUUAUUUGGUCAUAAUAUUAGACAAGCAGAAUUGACAGAAUUUGAAUUUGUUAUUUGUUUAUUAUUAACGAGUAAUCCAAUACUGCCACAAAAUAUUUUCUGCAGUGGAACUCUUAUUUCACAUAAAUUUAUUCUAACGGCUGAUCAUUGCUUUCUGAAUUUACCUGAAUCUGGAUUUCAAAUACACUUAGGUUCAAUUAACAUAUAUAAUGGAACAACACACUUUGCCCAAUGGUGGAUUACAUAUACUCAAUGGACUAUAUCUAAAAAUAAAAAUAGGCGAUACAGGGACAAUGAUAUUGCUAUUUUAAAAUUAAUUAUAGACGCAACGCAGAUUACUCCAGCUGUUGUAUCUAGUGUACCACAUAAAAAUGUAGUUGGAGCGGAUGCUGAAAUAGCUGGAUGGGGUAGACGUAAUAAUGGUGAAAUGGCAAUUAUCAUGGAAACAGUAAAAUUGAAAAUCAUAUCAAAUAAAGAAUGCUCAGAACUAGGAACAAUGUUACAACAAAAGCGUUUUUUUGUUACUCAUGCAGAAAUAUGUUCUAUUGCGCAUCCAUUUGCACAUUUAGAAAGUGGUGACAGUGGUGGUCCACUUUUAAUUGGAGAUGUAAUUAUAGGUGUUAACAUCGGCAAAUGUCCAGAUUUAAAUGGUACUUUUAAUGCUGAAAAAGCAAACAUUCAUGCUAGCGUAUAUUUUUACAGACAUUUUAUUGUGGAUGCUACCCAACAAUGAAAACCAUUCAUUUUAAAUAAGGGAAUAUUAUUUAAUUAAAUUAAAUAUUAAUUCUACUAUUAAAUUACA